AUGUCCCGUCGCUGCUCACACGAUUUGAUCCAGGACCAAGUCGAUGCCGUCAUCGAGGCUCCAGGCUUCUAUCUCGCCGACGAUUUAGGCCAUCUAUUCAGCAGUUCUCUACCGUCUACCGACGAAGUUGCACAAACCCCCGGAAGCUCCUCCUCGUCACAGGUCUCCGACGGUUGCAGCUCUGGUCUCGAUGACGCCGUCGCAUCUCCCCUCCAGCCCAGCAGUCGCAAAAUGGUGGCUUUGGCGCCGGCGCAGCCCAGAUGGCCACCCAGUGCAGAUUCGCAGCUACCACAGGGCUCGAGAUAUCACAAGCGCAGGGAGCAGAAUCGGGUGGCCCAACGUGCUUUUAGACAGCGCAAGGAACAGCACCUCAAGGAGCUAGAAGACAAGGUGGCGGUUCUGGAAGCGACUAGAGACCGCAUCAACGCGGAGAACGCCCGACUGCAAGAGGACCUGGAGCGAGCGACCGUGGAGUAUUCCCUCCUGCAGAACUUGGCCAAGCCCAGCAGUCUAUUUGAUUGCGCCGACCGGUCUGAUGGCUCGUCUAUAUCUGCUCCCAGCCGUGAAUGGUUGGCGAGCCCGCCACCGACUUCGAGCUCCGAACCACACUGCCUUGCGGCUUCACGGCCGCGGUAUUGUGGACAUGAGCUUAACGCGGGACAGAUGUGGGAGUUUAUUACCGGUCACCGCCUGUUUCAGGAAGGACUGGCGGACGUUGACUCGAUUGCUCGCGAGCUGCGCAGGUUCUUUCCAGGGGAUGGCAUGGGAGGCAUCACAGAAGACAUUCUCACCCACUGCAUUCACGAGAGCGCGAGACUGCGGCAGGGGGGUUACAGACUACAGUUGACAGAUAAAUUCCGCCCGUCAUCGAUUUAG